UUUUGAUGAUUUUCUUAAUUUUCACUCAGUUCCAGGGCCCUCAACAAUGUCAAAGGUACAAACACUUCGGCGUUUGUUGCACGAAUUACGUUAUGCACUCCCAGGCCAUGAGAAAGUACAGCAUUCACCAGCCUUUGCAUACAUAAUGGAGUAUUACAGGCGAAAUGCUGUUACUGAUCAGCAGUAUUGUCGUGAACAGGAAGAAUUGGCCCAUCUAGCACAGACUUGUGCCACCUACCUAGAGUCCAGUAGAAGGUACAAAGAAAUUCAUGCCGAAUAUCACAGUAGAGGUGAAAGAACUGUGAGACAAACAGCCGACCUUGUUGGAUUCAAAUUACCUCAUGACCCACAAUGAGGACAAAUUCCUUCAUGGGAUACAGGUUACCUGAUGACCCAGGAUGACGACAGAAAUUCCAUAAAUUAUGAUCAAUCAUACUGAUAGUAUUUUGUGCCAGCUAGAGGCUGGAUUCUAGUGUACUUGGACUACAUUAUAUACAGGUCAGAAUUUCUUCUGACAUAAUUUCAUGAAAUGGGUUUAAAUGUGAUUUGUUUAUGUGCUCUGUUUAUUAUUAAAAGAAAUGACCAAGGUUAAAGUAAGUACCCAAAAUUUUGAGCAACAAUUUAUGUUCUAAUAAUUUUUGUAGUGCAGCAAGCUGAAUAAGUUUUAAAAUACCAUAUAGAUCCUAACCUUGCAGAUACUGUAAUCACUAUGUGGAAGAAUACUAGUAAUUGAAUGUGUAAUGUCCAACAUGGAAAAGAAACAACUGUAACCACUAUAUUUAUAAUUUUUGCCUAUGACAAAUUCAAAGAAAUCCAAGAAAUGUGCAUGUUAUUGCUAAUACAUAUAAUACUGUAUCUUUGUACAUAGCUCUGUAUAUGCCAUUAAAAUUAUGCAAUAAUUCUU